GGCUAACUUGCUUCUCCAGCCGGCCCUUGGGUAUUAUUUCGCUAGUAUGCCUUGCUUCACGCGUCGUCUGCUUGCAUUCUCUCAGCUCUUGCUCUUCUUCGUAUUGACUUCUGUCCUGUUCGCGCAUGCCAAACUAUAUACGGACGUUGAUCAGCUUGAAAAGGAUGAGUAUGACUUCAUCAUCAUUGGUGGAGGCACUGCAGGAAGCGUGCUAGCUAACCGGCUGUCAGCAAAAUCAGAGUUCUCAGUGUUAGUGAUUGAAGCUGGUAUAUCGAAUGAAGGGUUCCUACCUUCAAUGGUACCAUUCCUAGCGCCGACUAUGGUUCCAAAUUCGUCGGCAACUUGGAAUUUCAGUACUGUACCGCAGGCUGCAUUGGAUAAUCGUGUUCUGCCUUAUCCAAGGGGCAGGAUAUUAGGUGGAAGUUCGAGCGUUAACUUCAUGAUUUAUACACGGGGCUCUGAUGAGGAGUACGAUCGUUGGGCUAACUUGACCGGCGACUGCGGCUGGGAAUGGAAAAAUGUCGCUCAGUAUUAUUUCAAGAGUUCUCGGCUUGUCCCACCUACUGACAACCAUAACACAACCGGUCAAGUGGACCCUUCUGCGCACGGUUUCGGCCCCGUGGAAAUCAGCUUACCAAGUUUUCCGACGGAGAUAGACAAUCGUGUCAUUAAUACUAGCAAGAGUGGUAUCCCCGAUUUUCCCUUCAACUUGGAUAUCCAAUCUGGAAAUGGUGUCGGUUUCGGGUUAACGCAGGCAACCAUCGGUAACGGGGAACGCAGCAGUGCCGCGACUGCAUACCUAGACCCUGUGCUCAGUCGUUGUAAUCUCGACGUCCUCGUACAGACUACAGUAAUGAAGGUGCUGUCGACGAGCCGCUCAAGGCAUGGAAAACCCUUGUUUGAUAAGGUCGAAUUUGCACAAGGGCCCAAUUCAAAACGAAAGAUUGCAAUGGCUAAAAAGGAAGUUAUACUCUCAGCAGGGUCCAUUGGUACUCCGCAGAUUCUACUCCUUUCGGGAGUAGGAAACAGCACAACCUUGAAGUCUAUGCACAUCACCCCGUUAAUUGACCUUCCGGAUGUUGGCCAGAACCUGCAGGAUCAUCCAUUGCUGAAUAGUUAUUUCACUGUCAAGUCCAAUUCCACCUUCGACACAGUUUUCCGGAACCCGAACGUCGUCGACGCAAACUUGCAACAGUGGAAUAAGACACGCACGGGACUGUUCACAGAUUCUCUUAUUAACUCGCUUGGAUUCGCUCGUCUACCGAACAAUGCGUCAAUUUUCGAGAAUUACACAGAUCCUUCUGCAGGACCGAAGUCGGCUCACUACGAGUUACUAUUCGCCGAUGGAUUUGCAACUGCAACCACGCCUGCACCAGAGACAGGGAAUUACAUGUCCAUCAGUUCGGUUGUCAUAGCUCCAGACUCCCGCGGUUCUGUAACUCUGGCUUCAACCAAUCCGUUCGACUUUCCUCACAUCGAUCCGGCCUUCCUUUCCACACCCGUAGACAGGUUCAUAAUGCUCGAAGCCGUCAAAGCUGUACGAAGAUUCGUCAGUGGUCCUCAAUGGACGGAUUAUAUCAUAGAUCGUUUCGGCGCCGUCAGUGAAGCCAACUCAGAUGACGAUAUCCUCGCGGCGGCAAGACAGAACGUUGUGACGAUCUGGCAUCCAGUCGGAACUGCACGCAUGUCACCUGCGAAUGUUUCAUGGGGCGUUGUUGACCCACAGCUUCGUGUCAAGGGCGCAUCAGGUCUACGAAUUGUUGACGCCUCCAUCUUCCCGGUCAUACCAGCCGCACACACAGUCGCUGCCACGUACAUCGUAUCGGAACGCGCCGCAGACCUCAUCUUGGCAGAGUGGCACUACUAACGGAAGUGGCUGAGUCUGUCUGAAUUGUUGGACACUGGACAGUACUAUUGCCGUCAGCAGAGCCUUAUUACGUAACGGUAUUUUAUGAUGCCUUUAUUUUAAUGAAUUAUGAAAUCUCACUCGCCCCGUUGGUUGAUCAUUCAUGACACCUAUCGUGCCAGAAUUUGAUUCUUUUUACAACUAUAAUCCUGCUCUAAUACAAUAGCAAAAGAGGCCCUUUACUACAAGCC